AUGAGUUUCUCUCCUGUAGAAGAUUUGCAUGCUACUCCAAAAGAAGUCAAUUCUGAAGAUAAGAAUGAUGUAGAGACAGCGAGUACAUCUAGCAUUUCUUCAAGUGCCAGUCUUCUAGUGGAUAUUAUGUGUGGCAGCAAAGACGACGAAGACUCUGAAGCGGAAUCCGAUGAAUGGGACCGACCUGCAGUAGAUGACGACGAGGUAAUCAAGCAGCGCGAAGAGAUAAUAAAAUCUCUUCGUAUUUUGGGAUAUCCUGCGUUUUUAGAAAAGCAUGUCUUUGAGCAACAGGUGCCCAUUCGGUUAAUUUUAAAGAAAUUGGGUAUAUCACUGCCUACUGCGUUGGAUGAUUUUGAGGAUUUAGACCUCCUUCCCUUGUUAAAGGAAGUCUUAAAACGAGAAGCAUCACGUCGUUUAAAGUUACCCCAGUACAAUACUAUUGAUGAUGUGGUAAAACAACUGCACAAGGCAAAAAAUGUCGUUGUUUUAGUAGGAGCAGGUAUCAGUACAAGCUUAGGAAUUUUGGAUUUCCGGUCGGAUAACGGAUUCUAUGCUAGGCUUGCUCAGCAUGGUUUGUCCGAGCCGUCUGAAAUGUUUGAUAUCCAUACAUUUAGAGAAGAACCGGGAAUCUUUUACACUUUUGCCAAAGAAUUGCUUCCAGAAACUCAUCACUAUUCACCAUCGCACGCUUUUAUUCGUUUACUAGAACAAAAAAACAAGCUUUCUACUUUGUUUACACAAAACAUAGACAAUUUGGAAAGAGAAACUGGGCUUUCCGAGGAGAAAGUUGUUCAAUGUCAUGGUUCUUUUGCUACUGCUACAUGUAUUCAAUGCAAACAUAAAGUUGAGGGUUCUUUAUUGUACGAUGACAUUCGAAAUCAAAGACUUUCUUAUUGUACUGAGUGCAAUAAGCCACCCGUUAAGAAAAGGAAACUGACAAGUGCAAGUGAUCGUGCGUUUUCAGAUGUAUACAAUGGCGAAAAUGAAAAAGAGGAAGAAGAAGAAGAUAUUCCUCAGGCCGGAGUAAUGAAGCCUGACAUUACCUUUUUCGGUGAGGCGUUACCUGAUCAAUUUUUUGAAAAAGUGGGAAGCGGUGAUUUGGAAAAAACGGACCUUCUGAUUUGUAUUGGUACAUCAUUGAAGGUAGCGCCUGUCUCAGAAUUAAUCAGCUUAGUCCCUGCAUCAACUCCCCAAAUAUACAUUUCAAGGACGCCAGUUCGUCAUACUCAAUUUGAUGUAAAUUUUAUUAGUCCAUUCUGCGAUUGGGUAAUCGUAGAGUUAUGCAAGCGGGCCGGAUGGUUGGAAGAUUUAGAGAAACUUUGCAAUGAGCCUAAGUGCCACACUGGAGCCAAGAACAGAGCAUGGAAUACAUCUCUGGAUGUACGUUUCCACGAACCCUCGACCUAUUACAUUAAAAGUAAAGCAGAAGCAGAAGCAGAAGCUUUAUGUAAAGAACGUGAAAAUGUACCAGGAGAAACGGAGAACGUUUACAAAGAUAGCAUAGAAUCUGAUACGAACCAAACUGUUUAG